AUGUCGACCACCGCCCCCAAGAUCAAGCUGUACACUAACCAUGGCUGCCCUUGGGCUCACCGCGCACACAUCGCCCUCGCCGAGCUCGGCCUCCCCUUCGAGGAGGAGAUCAUCGACCUCUCGGUGCCCCGCACGCAGGAGUACCUCAAGAUCAACCCGCGCGGCCUGGUUCCGUCGCUCUCGUACGACGGCGAGAUCGUGACCGAGUCCGCCAUCGUCAGCCAGUUCCUCGCCGACGCGCACCCCUCGCACCUCGUCCCCGUCGCGGGCUCCAAGGACGCUGCCCUCCGCCGGGCGCGCAUCAACUUCUUCGUCGACACCUUCUUUAGCAAGGCCAACUCGCUGCUGUUCAAGCUGCAGCUCGCAAAUUCCGACGCCGAGGUUCAGGAGUUCGCCGCGAGCUACGUCGACGUCAUCGCGAAGGAGCUCGAGCCGCUCUUGAAGGACGCCGCGCCCUACUUUGGCGGGAGCGACAAGGUCACCUUGGCCGAGGUCCUCACCGGCUCCUUCACCCUGAGGCUCGUCAGCUUCGCAAAGCACGGCCUCAUCCCAGAGAGCAUCCUCGGCUCCCUGGAGCAGAAGGCCCCCAACUUCUACAAGUGGGUUCAGGCAGUGAACAACACGCCCAGCGUCAAUGGGAUCUAUGAGGAGAAGAAGAUCGUCGAGCAUACGAAGCAAAGACUGGCCAGCAUGAAGGCCGCGAAAGUUUGA